AUGGGAGUAUAUUGGUUGAGUUACAAGAAGCCAACUUGGAUUGAUCAGAUUCGGGAUAAGCAGUUAAGGGAUGAGUCUUUGGGUUUACGGUUUCAACAAAUUGAGAGUGGUACUACUUCAGAAUUUGGGUUGAACAGUGAUGGUUUAAAGCGUGAGGUUACAGAAUUUGUGGCUCGAUGCUUGACGUGCCAGCAGGUUAAGGUUGAGUACCAAUUGCCUUCGGGAUUGUUGCAGCCAGUCAAGAUUUCCUUAUGGAAAUUGGAGCGUGUAAUGAUGGACUUCAUUAGUCGGUUGCCCUUGACACCCACUAAGAAUGAUUCUGUUUGGAAGUUGGCGAAGCUGUAUAUCUCUGAGAUAGUUAGACUUCAUGGGGUUCUAGUGUUGAUUAUUUCUGAUAGAGAUCCUCGUUUUAUGUCUCAGUUCUGGAAUUGGGAGGAUUAUCUGCGUUUAGCUGAGUUUGCUUACAAUAAAAGUUUCCAAGCUAAGGAUAAAGUUCAACUGUUUCGGGAUUGUCUAAAAGUAGCUUCUGAUAGGAAAAAAUCAUAUGCACAUCUGAAGAGACAGGAGAUUGAGUACUCUAUGGAGGAAUUUGUUUUCCUUCAGAUGUUAAAGCGGUACCGAUCUGAUCCAUCUUACAGAGUCUCGGUUGAGGAUAUCGCGGUUAGGCUAGAUUUGACCUUUGAGGAGAAAUCGGUUCAGAUUCCGGAGCAAGACGUUAAGGUUCUGAGGAGGAAAUCCAUUCCGUUAAUGAAGUGGGCUUAUAUUUAA